GGGGGAUCCAAACAACGAAGAAAAAAAGGAUAGGAGGGGGGGAAAAAAAGGAGAAAGUGGUAAAGGACAGCUGAAGCCGAGGACGAGGGAUGAGUGGUGAUGAGCCAGAGCUGGAUGUGAACUGCGGCCACAGGCAGUAGGUGAUGGAGAUGGGCCUUCGUCUGGGCUGUUGGAGUGACUCCCUAUGGUGGCCGCCACCGCUGCCGCUGUUGCUGCUGCUCUUCUGCACAAUCCCCUCCUGUGCGGGUCGGCCAUUCGGGUUUCCCGUGCCGUCCGUGAACGUAGCAGUGGUAUUUAGCGGCUCGGCCUACCAGACGGAGAUCAAGGGCCGUUUGAGUCGCGAGAACUUCAUGGAUCUGCCCCUGGAGGUGAACCCCAUCACUGUGCUGGUCAACAACACCAACCCACGGGCGCUGCUCACCCGAAUCUGUGACACCUUAUCCACUAACCGGGUCCAUGGUGUGGUGUUCGAGGACAACGUUGGUUCUGAGGCAGUGGCACAAAUUCUUGACUUCAUCUCUACCCAGACUGCCGUUCCAAUUGUGGGCAUCAGUGGAGGGUCUGCGGUGGUCCUACCAUACAAGGGUGAAGGUUCCAACUUCCUCCAGCUGGGCUCCUCCAUUGAGCAGCAGAUCAACGGGAUGUUCAAGGUGAUGGAGGAGUACAACUGGGACAGCUUUGUGGUCAUAACGAGCCUGUACCCCGGCUAUGAAGCCUACGUGGAUUACAUCAAGUCCUUCACCGACACCAGCUACUUCCUGUGGGAUCUGCAGGACGUGUUGUCCUUCGACAUGUCGGCCGACAGCAUGAACGACAUACGAGCGCGGAGGUUGCUUCAGCAGAUUGAUGCCCAGGUCCUGUUAGUCUACUGCUCCCAUGAGGAGGCGCAGUACCUUUUUUCAUUAGCAACUGAAGUUGGACUCGUAGGGCCAGGUUACAUCUGGAUUAUCCCCAGCAUGGCUGUGGGAAACCCAGACAUCCCGCCGCCCGACAGCUUCCCGGUGGGCUUAAUCAGCAUCAUCACGGACCGCUGGAGGAUGAGUUUGAGGAAGAGAGUGCGUGAUGGGGUGGCCAUCGUGGUUAAAGGGGUUCAGAGCUUUAGGAAACAGAGAGGCUUCGUUCCUGAGGGCCACAGUGACUGUCAUAACCCCGUCAAACAAUCCGCUACCAACGACACCCUGUUCAGACACAUGCUGAAUGUAACAUGGGAGCACAAUGACUUCUCCUUCAACAGUAAUGGCUAUCUGGUGAACCCAGCCAUGAUUGUCAUUACUCUGGACAGAGAGAGACAGUGGGACAAGGUGGGGACGUAUGAGAUGGGAAUCCUGCAGAUGAGAUACCCCGUGUGGCCGCGGUUUGGCUCCUACUUUGAGCCUGUGUCUGAUUACAGACAUCUGACUGUGGCUACACUGGAAGAGCGGCCGUUCGUUAUCGUAGAAGCGGUGGACCCUGAGACUGGUACCUGUGUUAGCAACACUGUACCCUGCAGACGACAGUCCAACAAGACGGAGGCGAUUGUAGGUCACACCGAGCCAUACACAAAACUGUGCUGUAAAGGAUUCUGCAUUGACAUUCUGAAGAAACUCUCACGCACCAUUAAGUUCUCUUAUGACCUUUACCUGGUGACCAACGGCAAGCAUGGCAAGCUGGUCAGAGGGAUUUGGAACGGGAUGAUCGGAGAGGUGUUCUACAAACGGGCGGACAUGGCUAUAGGCUCAUUGACCAUAAACGAGGAACGUUCGGAGAUCAUUGAUUUUUCGGUUCCAUUUGUGGAGACGGGGAUAAGUGUGAUGGUGGCUAGAAGUAAUGGAACGGUGUCUCCGUCAGCUUUUCUAGAACCAUACAGUCCAGCAGUCUGGGUGAUGAUGUUCGUCAUGUGUCUGACAGUUGUGGCAAUCACUGUGUUUGUCUUCGAAUACUGCAGUCCAGUUGGGUAUAACCGCAGCCUGGUCACCGCUAAAGAUCCCGGAGGUCCCACAUUCACUAUAGGGAAAUCGGUUUGGCUACUGUGGGGAAUCGUCUUCAACAAUUCGGUUCCCAUUGAGAAUCCAAAGGGCACCACCAGUAAAAUCAUGGUACUGGUCUGGGCCUUCUUUGCUGUCAUCUUCCUGGCUUCCUACACAGCCAAUCUGGCUGCCUUUAUGAUCCAGGAGCAAUACAUCGACACCGUGUCCGGACUGAGUGACAAAAAGUUUCAAAAGCCACAGGAGCAGUAUCCUCCGUUCCGCUUUGGUACGGUCCCAAAUGGCAGCACGGAGCGAAACAUAAGGAGUAACUACCCCGAGAUGCACUCCCACAUGGUCAAAUACAAUCAAAAAGGAGUGGAAGACGCCCUUAACAGCCUUAAAACAGGGAAACUGGAUGCCUUUAUCUAUGAUGCUGCUGUGCUGAAUUACAUGGCUGGCAAAGACGAAGGAUGUAAACUGGUAACCAUUGGCAGUGGGAAAGUGUUUGCAACGACUGGUUAUGGCAUUGCUCUGCAGAAGGAUUCCCGCUGGAAACGGCCCAUCGACCUGGCCCUGCUGCAGUUCCUUGCUGAUGGUGACACACAGAAGCUGCAAACUGUGUGGCUCACAGGCAUCUGUCGUAACGAAAAGAAGGAGGUCAUGAGCAGUAAGCUCGAUAUUGACAACAUGGCUGGGGUCUUUUACAUGCUGCUGGUUGCUAUGGGCCUCAGUCUGCUGGUGUUUGCUUGGGAACAUCUGCUCUACUGGAAACUUCGGCAUUCGGUUCGCAAAUCCGAGCGACUGGACUUCCUACUAGCUAUCAGCAGAGGCAUCUACAGCUGCUUCAAUGGAGUAGAGCAAUCUGACCACAAUGGAAGCCUGCAAAGUCCAGACAUCACCACUAACUACACACAAGCCAAUAUGCUGAAGAUGCUGAGGACGGCCAAAGACAUGGUGUCCUCCGCCAGAGUCGAGAACUCUCUGGACAGUGCCACUAAAACAAUAGAAAGCUGGAGCAGACGUGGAGCCGACAACGUGCGAGCUGGCCUUCCUCCCAGAGUUACAACCACAGAUGUAACCCACGGCCGUCUGCCCUACAUCUCCAGUAUAACGGACAAUCACUCCCCAUAUCCUCAGAGGGCCAUUACGCCAACAUUCCCAGUUCAUUACGGGGAUACGUCAACCCAGCCGCUCCUUGAGAAGGCCAGGGUGGUAACCCGACCCACGCCUCUGCGGUACACGCUGCCCGCCCGCGGCAGUCAGCACCUGUUAGAGAGAACUCUGCCCAUCUCCAGCCUCAGCAGCCCACACAUCGCCAUCAGAGAUCCAGUUCCCUCUGGGAUUUCUAACCCCCACCACAGCAGCAGGCUGUAUGUGGAGAACCAAAGCCGGCACCCCGCAUCCCCGUUUGUGACUUACAGGGAGUUCCAGGUACCUGACAUUUACAUGGAGCACAGGGGACCCCUACGGAGAAAGUUUAGCUACCCCCCAGACUGCGCGAGCCGGAGAAGGAGGUCAUUCAGUUAUCUGUUUAAUAACCCAGAACCCAGAGUGAGAGUUGACUAUGAUGAACCUCGGUCCUGCUUUGCUGAGCUGAGAGCUAAUCACCUCCUGAACAACCAGGGCCCUGAUGGUGUGGCUACGACAUGCCCUGCAGGACACUACCCCGGCACCAGCACGACCUGCAACUCCUGUAUGAAGUCCUACCUGGAGCCAGAGAUGGACGACAUCCCCCUUUUGGGAAAGGACAAAUUAAAUCGACGAGCCUCGUUUCUCAGAGCCACGUGGGACAAUGAGAGAAUCCGUCAGGUAGAUGAAACAAAGCCCUCCACAUCCACAGCUCCCUCCACCCGAACAGAUAUUCCCGAUUUAUUCCAUCAGGGGGCUGGGCCCAAUCCAAAGCCUCACAAGCUAUACGGCAGUCUGGGGCACAACCUCUCCUGUUACCCCCUGGCCGCUGAGCCGGCCUACUUAGACCCAGCCCAUAUGGGUUCCUACCCCUACAAGCAGAAGAUAAAGUACGCCGACUCUACCCGACUGCCCUCAUACAGGGAAGCCAUGUUGCAGAAUGCUGCUGCCCUCCGCCGCUCCUCUUCCACAGUGGUGCACAGACAUUACUCCACCUACCUGAACUCGUACACAGACUUACCGGUGUAUGUGGGGCCACUCACACAGGGACCAUCCCAGCUCUACAACAAUUCAAAGGACAUGUGCCACUUGUUUCCGUGCACCAGCCACUGCCCUGACAACGCAGCAAUGCUCCCUCGAAUGAGUGACAGGCAGCUGGUUUACCACAACAACAUGUUUGGGCCUUAUGAUGUCAGAGGAAAUAGGGAGGACUUGGGCUCGGGGAGCCGAGAACGGAGGCAGGUGCUGGUGGCGCGAAGAGUCAACAGUCCCUAUGUGCCAAAGCCCUGGGGCAGAGUGUCCAGCCUGGAAUCCGAGGUCUGAACACGCUCUCUUUAUUCGACCUCUUCUAGGUCCACUGACUAGAUUCCCUCUGGGAAGGAAAAUGUCCGGAGGUUCUUCCUUAAGCAAAAACGAAACCCUACUCCAACAGUGUACUUGAGAGGUUCCUCUCAAUUAUCAGUGCAAUAAUAUCUUGAGCAGCAAAAAGGAGAAGUAAACCCUGGAGGGGGUAAGUUAUCGCUGGGACUUUGUGAGAAAGACAUUGAAUCUCUUAAAAAAAAUAAAAUGGAAUAUUGAAACAUAUUUAAUGGAUAAGAAUUUAACCUGUGACUGGUUGUUAAAAAGAUUUUAACAGUUUCUCAGUGAAAUAUUGUUGGGAGACAAUAUACUACAGCCUCUCCGAUUCCCCAAACAUUACAACAUUGGAUAAUUUUUUUUUUCCAACAUCAUUCCACUAUCCACAAUGUCUGAAGGCAAAAUAUAAAUAUAAUUUUGUCAAUCAAGCACCGAUAUGUCUUCCGUACAUUUUCUAAGUCUACAACAAGGGGUGCAUCAAGACUAGAUGUAAUAAUGCUGCACUUUUAAAGCAAGGGAAAAGCAUAUUAAGUAUCAUGUGUAUUUCCAUUGAUAAC